AUGUCACUGCAACGAAUUCAACACGAUCAAAGCGAUUCGGCUGCUCUUGCGUCCCGAUCUUCUCACUUCUCACACAUUGAAGCAUCGAGAAAGCUUUUUGAGUUUGAGAUCUGCUUUGUGGUCAAUCCAAAUGUAAAGUGGUGGAAAAGGGUGGCUGCCGCUGUUCUAAUACUCAUGAGUUGCUUCCCUCCAGCUCCACCAAUCUAUGUGCCUUGUCCAGUAAGGGUUCCAGUUGGUGUUCCUUGUCCAGUCCCAAGUCCGUUUCCAGUGCGUGUCCCAGUACAAGUUCCCGUACCUGUACCACAACCAGUACCAAUCAUCUGUGCUCCAGUGCCGGUUCCUGAGCCUGUGCCUGUUUCUGUCCCUAGACCUGUACCCGUUCCCGUUCCCGAACCUGUACCAGCUCCUUACCCUGUACCUACUCCAGUUCGGAUGAACUCUGUCCUUGUGAUUCUUGCAAUCUCGAGCGGUGUUUGGUGCACUGCCGAUGGUGAAAGAAAUUUCGGUGUUCCGGAAAGACAAGGCCGUCCAAUGAGACCGCCGCCUCCUACCUAUUUGAGGAACGUGACUGAGCAGGCUCGAACCGAAUACUUCGCCAUUGUGUCGAACAUGACUCAAACCAUCGCCCAGCAGAAGCAAAAUCUGCUGGAAUGGGCGCAGAAGUACAACAUGGAGAGGCAAGCGCGAGAGUACGAUACGAAUAUGACGAGCCUAAAAUAUGACGUAAAGAAUAAUGUGACGAAUUUGAUCUCACAGCUGCCGUCAGCCCUGCAACAGUUUUUCGCUGUAAUGGACGACGAUAAUCAGACUUUCGUGGAGCAGAUGAAAGCGCUCAAAGAUCUAUGCUCUCAAAACCGACAGCAAUGCAAUGUUCUAAAAACCGUUAUGAAACAGUUCAAACCGAGAGGGCAAGAUGACUUUAUAAGAAACUCCAUGAUGGGAAGACCCGGGACAGACGAAGGACAUGGCAGUUUUGGGCCGCCAGGAAACUUCGAUGAUGAGGAAGACAUAGAACAAGAAGUCAAAACGCUCUAUAUGGACUUUGAGAAGUAUUACAGAGAGAAUACAUUCCUUAAAGUCAUCACUGGAGACUUGCACGUCAAGAAUGGACCAGAAGAACGUCUGAAGAAGGACACAUUGGAACUCGCGGCGAGACGGUAUCGUUUGCCUAACCUCUCAUUUGACGUCGAUAUUAAUAUCGUUUAUGGUGAUAUCUUGGCCGCAGACGCCUCCUUCGCGAAAGGUCUCAUUCAUUUCUCGCGGAAAGAAAAAAAAGCCGCUAAAUUCGAAAAACGAAAUUCUAAAACCACCACGAACGGGGUUUACUCAGUUCAUUCGUCGUUUGCUGAAAAGAUGCCGUUCUUCAUAACAUCGACAAGGAAUACCACCGGCUCAUUCAACAUCAAAUUAGCGUUAUAG